UUGAGGGCAAGUGUCGGCCGCCACUCCACUUCCCCGGCCUGCCAGGAGUGCGUGUCUCGCCCCGGCGGCGGAAGUCGGGCUGGUGGCUUGGCUUUGAGAUGCUUCAUGCUGAAAGCAGAGUAAGUCUCUUGAAGUGUCAGGAUGAAAUCAUUAUUGAACCAUGUUCUAAAAAAAUGAAGUCAACAGAAGAGACCUAUGAGAACCUCUCUGCUGAUGAUAACCAAGAUAUUCAGGAAGAAGUUGAUACUGAGACAACAUCGUAUGACUUGAUACCAGUGUAUGCCUCAGAUGACCAAGGGCAACAUGAAAUGCAGAAGCUAGAGAAAAUACCUACAGGUGUCCUGACAACACUGAAUAAAGUGCUCCCUGAAAAUAACCUAGUUCAUUCAGAAGCUGUGCAGAAUGCAAAUCCUCCGUUUGCUUCAAUAAAUAACACUAAAGCUGAAGAAAAAGGCCCUUUUAUUACAAAUAAUGUUGGUGAAGAUAAUAUUAAAAAUAGCAUUACAUCAUUCUCAGUAAAUAGGAAUGCAUCGGAUGAAGAUUUUUUUACAAGCACAGAAUUUAUUGGACCAAUUUACAAGCCGGCCAAAAGUAACAAACAGGACAAAUCUGACAGCUGCAAUGAAAGCAGUGAGGGAGACCAGAAUGGAUUUCAUGAAAGCAGUGAGGGAGACCAGAAUGGAUUUCAUGAAAAAGGAGCUAAAAGAAAGGAGGCAAAGAAGACACAGACUGUUACUUCUGCUGUACCAGAAAUAGAUGAUGAACUGGACCAAUUCUAUAAAGAAAUUUACCAGCUGGAAAGUGAAAAUUUAGAUACCAAUUUUCAGGAAAAAGAAACCGAAACUUCUCAGGAACAAUGCACUCCAUAUGACUGUAGUCAGAUGUCACAAGAGGAUUGUCAACGUACGUUGUUGAGCAGCCCACAACCAUAUUACAAGAAUGGACAGUGUUUCUUUGAAGAACAGAGCAGUGAGAAAACAAGCAAUGAGCAGCAGUUUGUCAUGGAAACAAGUGGCUGGAAAACUGAAAACAUGUUUGAUAGAAAAGAGGAUUCUAAAUAUUGGAACUACUCAGUGCCUGAAUUCAGACCUGCUUGGCAGUCAGCAGAGUCUUUCAUAAUACCUCAGCUACCUUUUCCACCUAGAUUCAACCAUCAGUCGCGUGUUCAGGUACUUCAUUCCCCACCACAAAAAAAUUAUGUUCUCCCUUCUCAUAAUGGUAACCUUUCUUACAAAAAUUAUUAUGGUUACCAUAAAGAUAGUGAUAUUAACAGUCACGGUUCAUUGCUUGAUCAAAGUAUCAACGAUGCAGGUCAUGCUGAUACCCAUACUACUCAGGUCUUCAGAAAUGUAAAUAAUGACCAGAACGGACUCCAAAAUAAUGGUUUCUGUGAAACCAGAGGAGAGUAUUGGGAGGAUCCAAAAGUUGCCAAUACAGGAGGAAUGCACAGUUUUACUUCUUUGCAGUUAACUGAAGAAAGAUCUAGCUGUUCACAGAAAUUGCUCCUCAUCUUAAGAGGCCUGCCUGGUUCAGGGAAAACAACACUUUCUCAUGUUCUGCUUGGUCAAAGUUGUAAUGGCAUUGUGUUCAGCACCGAUGAUUAUUUUCGUCAACAAGAUGGAUAUACAUAUAAUGCUGCUCAGCUUGGUGAUGCCCAUAACUGGAACCAGAUGAGAGCAAAGCAAGCGAUGGAGCAGGGAAAAUCUCCAGUUAUAAUAGACAACACUAAUACUCAAGCCUGGGAAAUGAAGCCAUAUGUUGAAGUGGCUCUAGAAAAGGGAUACAGAGUGGAGUUCCAUGAGCCAGAUACUUGGUGGAAGUUUGAUCCUGAAGAAUUAGAAAAGAGGAAUAAACAUGGGGUCACUCGUGAGAAGAUUGCUCAGAUGUUGGAACGAUAUGAAAAUCAAAUAUCUGUACCUAUUGUCAUGAAUUCAGUGGUACCUCCCCACAAAAACACUCAAAGGCCACCUCUGCAGCGAAGACAUAGGUGGGAGAGCAAUACAGACUUACGGAAUUCUUUCAGAGAUGUUUUUGAAAACAGUGUUGUCCUGGAGUGUUCCUUUUUUCUCUUCUGCAUGUAUUUGUGUAACUUUGGCAUGUAUUUUCUCUUCAGUUGUGGUAUUCGGGAAACAAUUUUAAGGAAAAAACAUGGACACCUGUCUACAAAAGCAAAGCAGAGGGGAAAGCGAAAAAGAAAUAAAAAAACUAAAGGUAGUCCUACAGAAAUCACAAAGAAAAUGUUAGGUGGAGCAGCUCAUCAUCCAGUUCCAGAUGACCAGGACACAUCAGGAAGUGAAGAGGAUUAUCUGAAAGAAGAAGACAGCAAAUCAUUGUGUAUAUUCAGUGAAGGUCCAGAGGAUUCAGUAACAGUUUCUGAAGAACAGCCUAAUGGUGAUGAUGAAAGCCUGAAAGAAACUACAGGGGUUUCAAGAGAAAGGUUUCCCAUCGCUGUGUCUGAGGUCUCAACAAUGACCAACAGUGCACUGAAAAAUGAAUUGCCUAUGGAAAGCGACAGUUCACUUCUAAUAGAUCUAAAACCUUUCUCUACUGAUUACCUAUCAAAAAAUGCAGUAGAUGAUGAGAAAACAAAUCAAAGGCACAUAAAAAAUCUUUGCAGGAGCAGUUUCCUAAAAAGAAGCAACGAGAAAAAUUCUAUCCAGGAAACAGAAGGCAUCUCUGAAGACUGUAACAUCCUACUGUUAAGCAAAGAAAACAAACUCGGAUCAUAUCAAAGUACACCUAAACCUGACAGGGAAGCUAAGCUGUUAAGUGGUGAAGAAAAAAAAAUUUUUCAAUGUUACAAUUCAAAUAUAGGUGAUAAUGUGCCUGGUAAUAACACAGAGGACACACAUGCAUUAAAAGCAGAAGAGAGCAGCUCUAAUGCUCAGGCUUGUUUUCCAAUUCAUUUCCAAUUACCUACUGAGGAAUUGCAGCUGGGCUUUGAUACACAAGUUUCUCUCUCUUCUUGGUCUGAGAAUAAAUCUGUAGGUGAACAAAGGCUCCCAAAAAUGAGAAAACCUAAACAGACUCCUAUGAACAGUUCAAAACAUCUAAAAUGCUGUUGGUCAAAUGAAGAAUUGGUGAAGGAAAACCAUUGGGUAACAGUAACUGAGGAGGCUGGUCUAUCAGCAUCUGCAGCUGGUGAAGUGCAGUUUCAUUCCCUGGUGGAAGCCAGGACCACCUUCAUGCAGUGUUCAAGUGAAGUAGAUAUCCCAAGAAAUGAUGCUGCACCAAUUACAUCAAAGAGAAAAAGAUACAGAAGAAUUGUCAACUUGGCACCAAAGUUCAAUCUACCAAGACAGAUUGAUGGUAGUACAGAUGGAGGGAAAGAAGUCCCAAUAAAAGAUUAUAUUCCCCAGAAAAGUGUUUUGGAAAUAGGGAAAAAGAGUUUUCUAUGCAAGGACCACAGAGAAGAAUGUGAACAGGACCAUGCAUUGCAGGAAUAUUCUGUACCUUUCAGUGGCACCAAAGCAACCUAUUCCAUGCCUACUGCAGACUCAGAUACUCUGUUACAUGGUAUUUCUUGCAUUCAUUUGGGACAGUCUUCUCCUAUGCCAAAAUAUUCCUGCAGAGUUUGUGUAGUUCCUGGGAUGAAGAAGGAACAAGCUAGAGCUCUUGAGCAACAGGAGAUAGUUGAUAAAAAAGAGGACAAAAGUGAACAAGUUUAUUCAGAGGUUACAAAUAGCCGACCAGAUAUUUUGUCAUCUGUGAAAGUUGUUUUUCAAUAUUCUGAAGAUUCCAGUAUGUUGGCAAACUGCAGUGAAAACAUGCAGGAAGCAGAUGACACUGAGCCAGCAGAGGCCUCACAACUCAAAGAUAAUCAAGAUGUGAAUAUGGCAUGUAGUUUUCUGGGACUUCCCUUAUCAUUAGGAUUUGCUUUUCAGCUUGUGCAGCUCUUUGGUUCUCCAGGUCUUCCACUGGAAUCCUUGUUGCCAGAUGAUUAUAUAGUUCCUCUUGACUGGAAAGUUUCAAAGAUGAUCUAUUUACUGUGGAAGACCUCUGUGGAGGAAAAGCAGAAAACAAGUGGAUCACAGGAUAGAAACACCUUGUCUGAUGAUUUUAUUGGUCUUGAAGAUAUAAAUAAAGAUUACCAAGAGAAUCAAGUCUCUUCUGAAACACUUGAAGUAGUGGAGGUGUUUCAAGGGAUGGUAGAGGAGAACACUGUGGCCUGCACUGGCACUGGCUCUCUGAAUGCUGUGUCUCAUCAGCCAUGACUGACUAUGUUAAAUUCUGCAUGAUGGAAAAGAAACUUCUCACUUUGAUUGCACCAUGGAAGGACUUCAGUUGGCCACUGAGGAAUUUUAAAUGUGAGGAGUAACCUGGAAGGAAGAAAACACUGUAGAUUCUUGGCAUGAAUCUUUGGCCACCUUCUCCACAGCCCCCUGAUAGCAAUCUCUCUGUCCACGUAUGAAAAGUCAAAAUUGAGAUAACUCUGUUGUGUGUGCCAUAGGGUCACUUUCUGAAGCCCUUUGGGAUUUAUACCUUCUUAGUACAUCCUUGAGUGUGGUACAAAGAGAUUGAGAUAAGAAACCUGUAAGCAGAAAGGAGAUGUCUGUCAGCAUGAGGUGUGAGCUUCAGACUCUGCUAUUUAAUUCACUUGAACCAGGAUCCAAGAUGUUGCCACAUCAGCUGGUACAUGAACUGGUAGUGAUGCCUACUGCAGGGAAAGGUGCCUGUUACGUGUCUUACCCUACUUUUGCUUUUCAUCCUGCCAGUUAUAAUCACACCCCAAUCUGUUUACAACCUCAGGUGGAAUGUUUUCAUCAGUAACUCCUACUCUUUCACCCAGAGGUGCACAGCUUACCGCUUUUUCUCCUAAAACUAGGCUUAGUGCUUCCCUUCAACUAGGCUUAUUUUGGGACUAUAGAAAUAAGGAGAAAUUUCACUAUAGAUCUGCUUCAAACACAUUGGAGGUGAGAUGCAUAUGGUUUGUGGUAGAUUGAUAAGCCUUAUAAGCUUUUUUUUUUCUUUAAUAUUGUGGUUUUCCCCACAAAAUUAAGCACAGUGUUCAUUCCUCAGCUAGAACAGUAACUUUACUAAUAGCAAUCCUGUUACUGAGGAAAUUGUUCCAAUAACGUGAGUAUUGAUUUUCAGGGGCAGAUGAGCAGCAGAAAUUAAUGAACCCCUGACAAUAAAUCUAAAAUUUUGCUCAUGGAAAUAUCUAUGUAAGGCCUAGACAGAUAUCAGGAAAGUUGGAAAUACAUGUGCAGAGUGAGCUAAACUAGUUAGGUGAUGAAUUUAAUCCCAUGAAAAUUCACGAGUGUUUGCAGAAAUAGCAAGCAAAGAAAGUGAGACAGACAAUAGAGAGUGGAGGUGAAAGGGCAAAUGAAAUUACACCUAGUUAAUUAAUCAGAAAGAGCAACCUUUGUCAACUGAGACCUGCAUAAGCCUGGAAAUUACUUUGUAUUGAGAGGGAGUGACAGAAAAGACAACUAUAACCUCAUGGUGAAAAAGAUGAGAAAAGAUCAAUGAGAAGAGGAGACACAAGGAAGCUCAGGUUGUGUGUACUCACCAAAACCAGUAUUUCCCAUUUACACAGCCUCCACAUCCAGAAUAUUGAUUCAUCUGUUCAAUCACUUCCUCUUCUCCCUCUUCCCCUGCACCCUAUUUGAUGUGCAUCAGCUGAAGAGCUGGUAUGCAGCUGCAGUCAUGCUGAAGCUUCACUGUGCUCUGAAUUGCUGAUGUGUCCCCACUCUCCACUUAAACAAAUCCUGCAUAUACGUGUAAGCAGUUAAAGAUGUUUGUGGCUCUAAAUUAAGGUUGUACGAUUGGCAAAAUGUACCAGCUGCACUUUUUAAAUGCAUUUCUUAUGUACUUGUGUGAUUUUUACUUUCCUUGGUUGGAAAUGUACUGCCCUUCUACCAGCAGAAUGUCAUACAAAAUGUCACAGGGAGAAGGAAGGUAAUUCAUGCUGGCCAUAGCCACAGCUUCAGACUUACCUGAUGUCCUGCUGGCAGCAAGCAAGUUAGUUUGAUUUCAAGAAAAUGUCACUUAAGGGUUAAUAUUUUCUUCCUACUUCUGUUUAUUCAGAGAGAAAUCUGAAUGCCUGUAUUUUCUGUUACUGA